UGCGGAGGGCGGCCCAGCAGUAUGGCCUGCGGGAGGGCGGGGAAAACGAUGACUGGACCCUCUACUGGACCGACUUCUCGGUGUCACUGGAGCGGGUGAUGGAGAUGAAAAGUUACCAGAAAAUCAAUCACUUCCCGGGGAUGAAUGAAAUCUGCCGCAAGGACUUACUAGCCAGGAAUAUGAACCGCAUGUUGAAGAUGUUCCCGAAAGAUUUCCACUUUUUCCCCAGGACCUGGUGUCUUCCUGUCGACUGGGGAGAUCUGCAGAACUACAGCAGGUCCAGAAAAAGUAAGACCUACAUUUGCAAGCCAGAUUCAGGCUGCCAGGGGAGAGGUAUCUUCAUCACGCGGACAGUGAAAGAAAUCAAACCGGGGGAAGACAUGAUCUGUCAGCUCUAUAUUUCAAAGCCCUUCAUCAUCGAUGGGUUCAAGUUUGACCUUCGAAUUUACGUGCUGAUGACCUCCUGUGACCCCCUCAGGAUUUUUGUGUACAACGAGGGGCUGGCCCGCUUUGCCACGACCUCCUACUCCCACCCUUGCACAGACAACCUGGAUGAUAUCUGCAUGCACCUGACCAAUUAUUCCAUUAAUAAGCACAGCUCCAAUUUCAUCCAAGAUGACCACUCUGGCAGCAAGAGAAAGCUCUCCACCUUCAACACAUUCAUGGAGGACCAUGGCUACGACGUGAAGCAGAUCUGGAGAGACAUCGAGGACGUCAUUAUCAAGACCAUCAUCUCAGCCCACCCCAUCAUCAAGCACAACUACCACACCUGCUUCCCCAACCACACGCUCCACAGCGCCUGCUUCGAGAUCCUGGGCUUUGAUAUUUUGUUGGACCACAAGCUCAAGCCCUGGCUGCUGGAGGUCAAUCACUCCCCCAGCUUCUCCACUGACUCCUGGCUGGACAAGGAGGUGAAGGACAGUCUACUCUACGACACCUUGGUCCUCAUCAACCUGGGCAGCUGUGACAAAAAGAAAGUGUUGGAGGUGGAGCGUCAGCGGGGGCGGUACCUACAGCAGUGCCGGUCUCGGGAGAUCAGGAUGGAGGAAGUGAAGAGUUUCCAGGCUGUGCAGCUCGAGAAGACGGAGAAGUACGAGAGGGAGCACUGUGGCGGCUUCCGCCUCAUCUACCCCGGCCAGAAUUCGGAAAACUACAAGAACUUUUUCCAGGACAAUAACUCCCUCUUCCAGAACACGAUUGCUUCCAGGGCUCGGGAGCUGUACGCCCGGCAACUGAUCCAGGAGCUGAAGCUCAAACAGCAGAAGCAGUCGUUCCGGAGGAAAGAGAAGAAGGUGGAGGCCCAGGGUGAAUCUGCAGGCGAGCAGGUGCGAGGCAAGAGCUCCGGGAGCUGGCGGCGCAAACCGCAGCAGAAAUACAAGACCAUCUCGGGUGCUUCCAAACAAACUGUGUUUGGUUCUCUCCAGCCGCUGACGCUCAUGCCCUGCACACCCGAUAUGGCCUCGGGUGUCAAAGACAAAGACAGAAGUGACACCACUGGCAGUCUCAGCCCGGAGGCCCCCGCAGGGCAGGCUGGUCCUGCUCCCCAUACACCCCCAUCUUUGAGGCCUUGCAGCUAUAUUCCCAGCCAGACGAAUUCAAGCCUUCUCAGCGUGGGCUCCAGCCCAGCCUCAGUGGGGACCACCCUCACCAGCGCGUCGUCCUUAACUUCAGUAGAAGCUUUCCCAGAACUUGCCAGGCAGGGCUCGGGCUCCUCUGACUCUCUGAGGAGUCUGACCAUCACCAGCAGCUCUGAAUGCAGCAGCCCGGAGACAUGCAGAUCUGCCUCCUUCAAAUGCAAGGGGCAGCACCUCAGCCAGCCGAAAAUACUUCCCGUUGCUCCACGUUUCCAACCCCGGAGCCGCUUGGGUUGUUGGAAGCAGGGCUGGAUCUCUGUGUCGAAGGACAAGCAGCCGCAAUGUCUGACAUCCAGUCUGUCCCCCAAGAUUCCAGUGAGGGAGAAUUGGUUCUCUGGGAUCCCAGCUCACAACCCAAAUCCAGUGCUGGGCAACCAGUCACAAAUGCCCCUCAUGCCCCACGAGCACCACCCCUGCAGCAGAAGCUCUGGCGAGAAGAGACAGGGGCUCACGUACCCCUUGCAAGACUCUCCCAGCCCCGAGGUGUCCAUGAAGGAACUGCUGGUGGUGGCCAGGCAAGCCCGCCUGGCCCCGAGGCCGAGCAAGAACUCCGUGGGCACCCUGAGGACCCUGUACCUGGAUGGCCAGAAGACAUGUGGCCAUUGCCUGGUCUCCAGCCAGAAAGGACACAAGAGGAACUAGAAUCAGACUGGAUUGCUGCCGAUCCUUUCCUUUCCAUCCCAUAUUUCCUAGGAAAUGAUUGUCUCUUCCUGCAGUGUCUACAGUAUUCAUGGAAUCAACAGAAUAUUUUGUCUUCUCAUCUAGACUGGUCUUAUAACUACCUCCCAUUAGCACCACCGAGGCCAACAGUCCUGCCUUUUGUGCCCUCCCUGUUAGCAUUCAGCGCUGUAGGACCAAGGUUGCUGGGAGAUAUUAGUACUGCCCUGCCCUGGGACAUACCCAACUGUCCCACCAGUGGCAUUUUUAUGGGUCUCUCAUGUGGCACCACCAUCCAAAGAAUUCCCCACAGGUAAGCAACAUGAGGGUCAGAAUGUUUCUGAGAUGGACUCACAAUGUCCAGGAUUGCAAGGCCUUCCGUCCACCAACAGGCCUGUGUCAAUGGGUCCAGUGGCAAAGAUAAAAGAGUGGAGUGCUCUGAACUUGAGCAAGAAAAUCAGGGCACCUGACCCCUCACAGGUCGAGACCAGACUUCCUCCCAUCCCAGCAACCUCGGUGCCCAAACAAUUUUCAGCUACCUCCCUUACCAUCCUAACUCUGUCUUGCUGGUGAAGUCAGAGGCGAGGUAAGAAUACCCAGCUGGCAGGGUAUUCUUCAAUCAA